AUGUCUGCUCCAGCUAUUUACAACGAAUCAAUGUUCGAUUCCAAAUAUCCUACAUCCCCAAUCAUGGCUUUCAAACAGGAACCCAUCGAUCAAUUGUCCUGUGCCUUGCCCGUCUCCAACGACGUCAAGGGUAACUUGGACCAAUCUCCCAUAGAGAUCCAUUCCGAAGUGUUGGAAUCUGUCUUCUCAACCAACCUUGAAGACAAGGACCAACUCUUCACCGACACCCCAAUGUUUGAAGAAUUGGACUUCAUCUUGGACGGUACGAAGGUUAACUCAAAGGAGGACUGGGUAUCCUUGUUCAAGGAUGACACCUCUGCUGAGGCUAACCCUUCUUACACCGAAAAAGAUGAUGUGUUGGAUGACUUGUUUGGAGACGAUUUUAAGGAAUCUUUGGACUUUGCUCCUGCCCUCAACAAGGCCGAAGCAAAGCAACUUGAGACUCCAAUGACUCCAAUGCUUAGCACUCCUCACAUGGCAGAUGACUCUGCUUUGAAGAAGAGACGUGUUGACCAUAUGGGUUGUGUGACUCUUGCAAAGAAACAAAGAAGUCAGCCUUUGAAGCCUGUUGCUAUCGACAAUGGUGACCCAGUUGCCAUGAAGCGUGCCAGAAACACAGAGGCUGCUCGUCGUUCUCGUGCCAGAAAGAUGGAAAGAAUGUCCCAAUUGGAGACUAAGGUUGAUGAAUUGGUUCAAGACAAGAACGAACUCAUGGACGAAGUCUCUAGAUUGAAGCGUCUUUUGGCUCAAAACAACAUUGCUUACUAG